AUGAUAUCUGUUCAUAGGAGGUUGCCAGAUUGUAGGUCCAAUAUCUGUCGGAAACUGGUAGAGAACUUCAACGGGACGCUGCCAGAAAUCAGUGUCAUCAUCAUCUUCUACAACGAGGCUUGGACUCCACUACUGAGAUCUGUACACAGUGUUAUCGACCGGACCCCUGCUCAUCUACUGAAGCAAAUCAUCCUGGUAGAUGACAAUUCGACUUUUGAGUUCCUAAAGGCGCCCUUGGAUAAAUACUUCAGUUCAUUUCCAGUUGUGGAAAUUAUUCACUCCCCGAAAAGACUUGGUCUGAUCAAAGCCAGACUGGUUGGGUUUGAAGCCUCGGUGGCACCGGUUGUUGUGUUUCUCGACUCGCACAUUGAGUGCUUUCCAGGCUGGGCAGAACCUAUGCUGGUUCGCAUAUCCGGGGACCAGAAGACUGUAGUAUUCCCACAGAUACCAUCCAUUCGUAAAGACACGUUUGAGCUGAAGUGCCCGGAACGUCCCAGAUCUUACUGCGGCUUCAACUGGAAAUUUCUGAUGAUGGAGUGGGAAGUUAUCCCAGACAGAGUGUUGGCCCUGCGGCACGAUGAGUCCGAUAGUAUCCGAUCUCCUACUAUGCCUGGUGGGCUGUUUGCCAUACAUCGAGAAUUUUUCCAAAAUCUGGGCACCUACGACCCUGAACUGGCUGUGUGGGGAGGUGAAAAUAUGGAACUUUCAUUCAAGACCUGGAUGUGCGGUGGAUCGCUAGAGAUGGAUCCGUGUUCUAUGGUGGGUCACGUAUACCGCAGCCCAAACCCACACAAAGGCCUGUUCUCGCAGGGAAUUCUAUCCCGCAAUGCACAGCGGGUGGCUGAAGUCUGGAUGGACGACUACAAAAACUACCACUACGAACGGAACAAUUAUAAUUAUGUGGAUGUGGGAAACAUCACAGACCGUCUGCAGUUACGAGCCAGCCUCCAGUGCAAGAGCUUUGAGUGGUUCCUGAAAAAUAUCACCCCAGAACUGUCCUAUCCGCACAACAUGACCUACGCUGGAGUGAUCCAGAGUAAAGCCAACUCAAAAUGCAUCAUCAUCUCGUUCGACAAGAAUAAACCUGUAAAAAGACCAGUUCUCUAUGAUUGCAAGACACCUACAUUUUUCCAUGUCUGGUACAUGGGCGCUUCAGCUCAGAUCAACCAAGAUGACGUCUUUCUUUGCGUCGACAACGGCACCGUUGUCCUUCACCAGGGGAAGUGCCAAAAAUCCCAACCACAGUGGCAAUACAGAGAGGAGAGAUGGCUCUACCACACACCUACUGGACAGUGUCUGACCAUCGCUGCCGAAAGUCAGCUGGUUGUCUCCCCCUGCACCAACAGUGGACAACAGCUGUGGUACUUUCAGAGGCGAAGAUCGGACCUCGAGUUUCCUUCAUAUUUAUAA